UGUAGUUGAUCAUUAACUAGCAGUUCCAAUUUAUUUUUGUACAGUGAUGCUGUCAGACAGCAUUUCACUUCCUUCUAGGAGACCGUGUAUACCUUUUAGCUGCCGUUUCUAGCUUAACAAUGCACCCCCACCACAGCUCUCAGUCCAGACUAGACCAUCUACCUUCUGAAGGUCUCGUGGGUCAGUGUCACCCAGGGUCAUCAAGUUCUUUGGUUUGUCAAUCGGAGCAGUCAGCAUCAGCAUACAUGAGCUGCCACAAGUUAUGUCCAUCCACAAGCCAACAGGAAUGGCACUGUCCUGUGUGUCUGCAGACAGCCAGGUUCCCAGUCCAGACAAACUGUGGCCAUUUGUUCUGUGCUCCUUGUUUGAUCGCCUACUGGAGACAUGGGUCAUGGUUGGACGCUAUCAGCUGCCCUCUCUGUAGACAGAAGGUCAGCGUGCUGUGCCAUCUAUUUAAUGAGAGUCGAUCUGACCGACAAUCAAAGGAAGUUCUUGGAGAAAUCACAGAUUACAACAAACGUUAUUCUGGAGCCCCAAGACGGGUAACAGACUACCUGUGCGAUGCGCCCCUUCUCCUGCAGUUACUGGCACGUGGCCUGGGUACCAUUGGAGGGCUUGUGUGGCUGUUUUUCUUCAGGGUGGCGCUGUGCUGUGUGGGGACUGUGGUGUCCAUCUCCUCCCCUUCUCUCGACUCCGUCUCCUCAUCGUCAAACCCCCUAGAAACAGACCCCUCCCUCUGCGGACUGCUGGGGGCCCUGGAUGACUUGGUUGUGGUCAUUCUGCUCCUUAUCUGUGUUAUCAAUAUCAACCAGCAAAUGGCGCCAGAGAGAGGACACAAUGCAAAUGCUGCAACCUCACAAGGAGUAAUGGGGGAUUCACUCUAGGUAAAUACUGCUGGAAGGUGCCAGUACAAGCUGCUUGACAACAACUUUUAUUGGAUUUCCUCCUUCUGGCUUUAGUUAGUUGGACUAGUGGAUGCAAGAAUAUUGACAGUAGCACAGCAUGUAACAGUGGAGAUGUUAGACAGCAUCUGAGCCUCUUCGACUGUGGACUCAUACUCCAGGCCUGUGUUGAGUGUUUACAGAGACCAUAUAAAAGGAGCAUCUAAAAUACAAUGUGCGGUUUCAAAUGCUCUUUCCUGAAGCUCCUGAGUCUGUUAGUUUUUAAUCCAUAUUAAAAAGGCUUUAUUUUCUGUUCCAUUUACAUGAAUUAAACUAUAGCAGUAUUCCAUUACAAUUUCUACAAUUAAAAAAAAAAAAAAAGCACAUUAACCUAAAAUGUCCUUUCUACUCCUAACUGGUCAGAAACUGUGCGAGCUCAAGCAAAGCUGUGUCAUGUCAGUACUGUAAUAUUGU